AUGGCUGUGGACACGGAAACCACGCCGCUGCUGGCCCAGAAACAGCCGCACGACCAAGACAAACGCGAGAAAAAAUGGGUCGAGGCCAAGAUACUGUUGAUGGGCUUCAUCAUGAGUCUGUCGCUGUCCUUCACCCAGGUGCCCAUGCUCUACGCCUUCCGCCUCAUGACAUGCGACGAGUUUUACAAAACCCAUGAGAUCCCGCCGCCCGGCCAUGACCGCUGUGCAGUCCACGAAAUCGAGGCCGAAACCGCUCGUCAGGUCACGCUAGUCGGCACGUCGACCACCAUCGUUGUCAUGGUCGGCGGCAUGACCGGCAUCAUCAUCAUCCAGUCCACCCAGCUCAUCUGCCUCUUCGGCGGCCCUGCUGGCUACAUGCUCGUCCUCAACACCUUCAUCUCCGAAGUCGUGUCUCCCGCCCAGCGCACCGCAGUCUUCGGCAAGCUCCAAGGCAUCAUCAUGUUCGGCACCGCCCUGGGCUACCUCCUCGGCGGCGUCUUCGGCGACCUGUUCGGCAUCCAAGCACCGUGGGAGAUCGCCAUGUGCUCCAUGGCCUUUGCCACCCUCUACGCCUACUUCUUCCUGCCCUACGUGCCGCCGCCGAAGCAGGACGAAGAGUCGGAGAAGAAGCAGGGCCUGUCGCGCUUCCUGGGGCCGGCCAAGAUGCUCGCCCCGCAGAGGUGGCGCCUCCCCGACGGCCGCAUCAAGCGCCACUUUGGCGUCCCGCUGCUGUUCGGCGGCAUCUUCACCGGCGUGCUGGCCACGGGCUACAUCCCCACCCUCAUCCAGAUGUUUUCGACCAUCAAGUUCGGCUUCGGGACCAAGGAGAACGGCGUCCUGAUGUCCUACUACUGCGUCAUCCGCGGCACCUUCCUCACCUUCGCCUUCCCCCACAUCAUCGACCACGGCCGCAAGUGGUUCGCCACCUCCACCCUCUUCAACCCCCACGCCUCAUGCACCAGUACGUCCCCAGCGGCGGUACUCCCACCCGCCCCAUCCCCCCACUCCGCCCACCUCGCACCCCCCACCACCACCACCGCCACCACCCCGACAUCCAAACGCUCCCGCCGCGUCUCCGCCGCCCAAGACAUGGAAGCCGCCAUAUCCACCUGCCUCGAAGACUCGGCCGACCCCUCGACCGCCAUCCUCGACCCGACACCGACGUCGACGACCGGCCCCGCAUCGCAACAGCAUUCGAGCAGCGCCUUCGACCUCUUCUUCCUCAAAUGGAGCCUCGCGGCCGACGGGGUCCUGACGGGCCUGGCGGCGCUGUGCGCGCAGUCGUGGCACGUCUUCGCGGUGGCGACGCUGCUGCCGCUGGCGUCGGGCAGCGCGUCGGCGGCCAAGAGCGUCAUGAUCGACAUGUGUCCGGCGGCGCAAAAGGCCGACGCGCUGGGGGCGAUUAGCUUGGUGGAGAUGGUGGCGACGCUGUCGACGUUGUCCGUCUUCGGCCUCGUCUUCUCCUCGCUCGCCGAGGUGGGCCGGCCCAACCUCGUCUUCGUGUGCAACGCCGCCGUCGCCGUCUUCGCCACCCUCAUGCUGCUCGGCUGCCGCUUCCCGCCCGCGGGGAGCGAGAGGGUGGAUCGGCUUAAUGUGGACGAUGAUGAUUAUGAUGAUGACAAUGAAAAUGACGACGAUGACGUAGGAUCGGAGGGGGGUGGUAGCGAUAGUAGUGGCGGUAGCGAGCGGAGUGAGGGCGUGGAGAGGGUGGUGGUGCUGCCCAAGGGGGGGAAGUGA